GAGGCUUCAGAGUGAGUCUCAACCCAACCAUGGGCUCUGGCACUUAGGCACCCCGGCACAGACAGAGCGAGCUAGCGCUGCAGAGAGAGGAAGAAAGAGAGAGCGGAAGAAGGGGGCUGUCUCGGGGACCUUUCUCCGAGCGGCAACUUGCACAGCCAAUGCAGCCUCUGGUACUAUGGAAACUAAACCCCUGACCAAUGGAAAUAAUGAAGGCUACGAUGUGGCAGGUCACUGAGGGGCAUGAGAGCCGUGUCGGAGGCCAGCGCCAUUGCUUGCCGGACCAAGUGCUGGUGACGGGGACAUGGGCCUCUUCCUCAGGGCUUCCAGCACGACCCAGCUCCAUACAAACCAGAGCCUCAGCCACCACCUGGUCCAGCACCACCCAGACACCCACGGCAGCAGCACCCAGAGGGACCCCGCCUCAGUGGGCCUCACCCUUCUCUUCGGCUCUACCACUGACCUGCAGGCCCAGCACCGCAGCCAGUCUCGAGCUCUUGGUAGACAAAGCUCCAAGUAGCCUUCUCUAAUGAGGAUGUCUGAUACUGUCACUGUAAAGGAGACUAGCGCCACUAUGAGAGGUGUGGAGACGGAGGAGAGCCACCAUGCCAGUGCCACACCGGCACCAGCAGGGGGAGAAGAACCAAGCCCGACCAAGACAAACGGCACGGAGCAGGAGCAGGCAGAGACCCAGCCACAGGCCGAAGCUCAGACCCAGCUCCAACCUGAGCUUCAACCAGAGAGCUGCUGCCAAGACAAGAACGAAACUCAGCGGCAAACACCGGGACAGAUGGGAAAAAGGCCCAAGUCUAAGUUAAAGUUAGUUCGGAGCCUGGCUGUUUGCGAAGAGUCCUCUCCUCCUUCCCCUAUUACCACUGAUCUGCCUCGAGAACACAAGGAUGCAGUUGAGAUCCAGCUCUCCCAGUCGUUUGACAAAGAGGAGGCACCACCCAUCAAGGAUGAGGAGGACAAAGACAAAAGAGUGGAGAAGCUGCUAGAAAAGACUGAGAGAAUGCCCAGGAAGAUGCUGUCCAGAGAUUCCAGUCAGGAAUACACAGACUCUACCGGGAUCGAUAUCCAUGAGUUCUUAGUAAACACGUUGAAAAACAACCCCAGGGACAGAAUGAUGCUGCUGAAGUUGGAACAGGACAUUCUCGACUUUAUCAGUAAUAACGAAAGCCAGAAGAGAAAGUUCCCUCCAAUGACCUCCUACCACAGAAUGCUGCUGCACCGCGUCGCCGCCUACUUCGGCCUCGACCACAACGUCGACCAAACCGGGAAAUCUGUAAUCAUCAACAAAACUAGCAAUACAAGAAUUCCUGAUCAGAAGUUUUCAGAACACAUCAAAGAUGACAAAACUGACGACUUCCAAAAGCGCUACAUUCUCAAAAGGGACAACUCUGGCUCAGACAAAGAUGACAACAUGAUGCGGAUGCGGCUGAAGGACGACCGGAGGAGUAAGUCUAUAGAGGAACGAGAGGAGGAGUACCAGAGGGCCAGAGAAAGGAUAUUUGCUCAAGAUGGUCCAGAUGGCUUUGCUCUUGAAAAAAGGAUACAGGAGGAUGAUGCUUGUAACAACACACAGCAAAGGCGGCAAAUCUUUAGGUUAAAAGAUGGCCGCUCGGCCAACAGUCGCCAGAGCAGCUCUGAGAAUGAGCCCAAGUACUCUGACCCUCGGCCGUGGAGCAGCACAGACUCUGACAGCUCCAACCGUAACCUGAGGCCAGCCAUGACCAAGGCCAGCAGCUUCAGCGGCAUCUCUGUCCUUAUCAGGGGAGACAGCUCAGGCAGCAGCAAGAGCAUGGGUCGCCUUUCUAAGACUGGUUCCCUAGAGUCUUCUAGUAGUGUAGGGUCCUCCACGGGUUCGCUCUCUCGCUCCCAGCCACCCCUCCCCGUCCCAGCUUUAACCCAGGCUGGCCACCCUCACAACCACGCCGCGCCCCCCUGCCCAGUGGCCUACCCAGCCAUCUGCACUAGUAGUACUGUGACUUAUGAGGCGGGAAGCAGGAGCGGCCCGGUGCCGCCACCACCAGCGAAUACAGCUAACACUAGCUACUAUUUGCUUCCCCUGGAAGCCACAGGGAUACCGCCAGGGAGUAUCCUGGUCAACCCACACACAGGCCAGCCCUUUGUGAACCCGGAUGGCAGUGCUGUGGUGUACAACCCCAACCAUAGCAUGGCUCCUCAGCAUCAACAUCAUCAGCAUCAUAAUCAGCAGGGCAGGACCCAGCAGCCCAUGCCCCCUCCUCCACACCCGCACCCGCCUGGCCCCCACCAACACCAGCCCACCAAUCACAACCACGUCCUCUCACAGUCUGUUCUAUCCCUUCCUCAGCCGGUCCGGCCCCUCCAGCCUUCUGCUCAGCCUGUCCAGUACUCAUCUAUCUCUUACCCACCUCAGCUCCUCUCCGUCUCCCCUAACCAACAAUACACUGUGCAAAACAACCUGGGAGCCCAGUUCAGCCACAUGAGUCUGGCCCGGCAGGCCUCUGGGGAGGGCCCAGGUAGGGACGCCCACACUACCAUGUACCCCUCCUCCGUGGUGCUCCAGACCCCCCCGCAGCAGCAGGGCUACAUGGUGGCCCCUCCAGUCCAGCCUGUCCCUGCCCACCAGGCCUACAACACUCCCGCCCCUCCGCCUGUCAACCAGCCGGUCAUGCAGCAACAGGGCUACAUGCAGCAGUCCAUGCAGCAGAUGCCAGCAUGUUACUGUGCGCCAGGCCAGUACCCUCUGUCCAACCAGCAGUACAGGCCUGUGGGCACAGUGCAGUACAGCGCCCCACAGAGUCAGCCAAUGCCCCCGCCCACACAACAGACAGGUUACCAAACAGUGAUGCCAAAUCAACCACAGAGCUAUCAGAGUAUGAUAGGAGUGCCACAGAGUCAGAACACUGUUAGUGGCCUGCAUAGCAAUAUGGGAAAUCAGAUGCAAGGCAUGAUGGUCCAGUAUCCCUCCAUGCCAUCUUAUCAGGUAUCCAUGCAGCCUCAAGGCUCCCAGGGUGUGCCACAGCAGACAUAUCAGCAGCCUAUCAUCAUCCCCAACCACAACCAGUCCAACCAGGGUCCCAUGCCUGGCUCUGGUGUCCAGGUCUACUACAGUGUUAUCACACCCAAUCAACAGAACACAAUGAGCUCCUCUGUUGGGUUCCUGCCUCCUCCCGGAUCAGAGCAGAUGCAGUUCCCUCGGCCGUCCUCCCCCUGCAGCUCCCAGCAGCCCCUCCAUCAGGCACAGCAGUGCUCAGGCGUUCCCCUUCCCCCAGGCGGUGGGAUGGUGAUGAUGCAGCUGACGUUGCCCCCCGGCCAGCAGCCACGGCCUCACUCGCCCCCGCAGUGGAAACACAGCAAGUACUACAGUCUGGACCACACCAGAGGACAGAAGUCCACAGAACUCUCCACCCUAGACACCUCACAGAGCAGUCCCCUGCUGGGCAGUCCCUCAACUUCCCCCGCCCAGUCGCCAACUCCCUCCCACCCACACCACCUAACCAAUGUGAAGAGCAUCCGUCCAGGCCUCGCCCCCGUGAUGCCCCAGUUCUCCAGACCCUUUGUGCCAGGGCAAGGAGAUGCACAGUACCCGUUACUAGGUCAGCCCCUCCAGUACAACCCCCAGAUCCGUCCUCCUCUCCUCCACACUCCACCCAUGGUCCCCAACCAUCAGGUACCCAUGGGGAUGCGGCACAGCGGUGGAGGGGGCAGAGGGAGGAAGCAGCCAAGGAAGGCUCUGUCUACAGAUCUCAGUGUAGGUGAUCCAGUGAGUGGGCGAGUCCUGGAGGUGACUGACCUGCCGGGGGAGAUCAGCCGGACCGAGGCGGACUCUCUGCUGGGUGAGCUCUCCAGAGCCGGGGCUGUAGUCGGAUGGCUCCCAGAGCACCACAGCCACCGGGAUUGGCAGUCGGGGGCUAACUGUGACCACCACCACGCCAAACCCCCCACCCAAACCCACGGUCAAGCCCCUGCCGAUCCAGCCUUUGCCUACACCAUCCUGGCCACGUUCCCUUCCAGAUACGCUGCGCAGGACGCCCUCCUCCACCACAAUGGUCCCCGAGCCUCCUUCAGACUCACUAUGAGGAGGGACCGAGGCUACGGCCACAGACACCCCCUGGAGAGGGCAAGCUCCCAGUAGAGGGCGCUAAGGACCUCUGGCUUGACCUUUCACCCCUCACCAGCACCGCCAGUCACUUCCUGUUGCCAUCACUCCCCCCACACUCACUAAGUUGGCUCGUUGUAAAGGGUUGUUUUUCCACUUGAUUUGUAGAGACUUGCUUAGGGGGAAUGUGUUGUACUUUAUAAUGUUCUUACUAGCGAUUUGAUGAAAAAGAACUAAACAUAACACUGAACCGACGUGAACGAACAUUAAAAAACCACCCUUAUUAUAUUAUAAACCCGUCUGCUCUCUGUUUUGAGAACAGGACGGAACAUAUCAAAAGGGCAGUCUGUAUUUUUGUUGUAUUUUUUAAUUUGUUUUAUAGUUGUUGAAAUCUUGAGUCAGACCCAAAGCUCAUUAUUACUCCCCCAGCCCAGUUGCAGUGUCAGGUCUGGUUCCGUUUAACUCAACCAAAGCCUCCCCACACCCCAGGGUAGCUGAUUAUCGGCCACCCUGCCACCAGCCACUUGCCCCAUAUUGUGGCCAGUACAUCAUGGAGUCGCCCUCAGCUACACAAUGGGUCUCUUGUGCCUUUCUCUCGAGAGUCUACUGAUUUAUUCUCCAAGAAUCACAAAAUGACACCCCAGUCAGUCUAUUGUUAAAUGAAAAGACCUGCACCUUGUAAAUAAUUUUAUAUAGGCUUAGUAACUAAAUAACUCAAUCACUUCUCUUUUCACAGUGAAUGGUCUGUAUGUGUUGGUCACAGGCAGACACAGAUGAGAGCAGCGAAGAAAGGCUUUUGUUUGACAACCCUGGUUUUUAACUUAAUUUAAAAGUCGAGAUAAAAAUGACACUCCUCCACUGCAACUGCAUAUUUUAGCAAUCCUCUGCUUGGAUGGCCUCUCUCUCUCUUCACCACACUGUCCUCCCUCUUUCUCCUCUCCUUCUACAAGGCCAAUGGUUUCAAAUCAUUCAUUAUGUCAUUUUAAAUGAUAUACCUACUGGAUCACUGGGGAAAAAUACAGUUUGCACAUUUAUACAACUGAAUAUAUAUAUAUAUAUAUCUCCUUUAUUUCUCUCAAAGAUAAAAAUGUGUGGAUUCUGAAAGGCUGUUCAGUGCUGGUGCAAGUCAUUUUUAUUUCAGUUUGAAACCAAUAAAUGUUUACACCAACAUAUGUGCUUUUUCAGAUCACAAGAAGUCCUUUGAAAUGGAUGAGGGUCCUCUGGGUUUCUCUUUCUAUCUCUGUCCAUCACCGAACAGCUUUGGAUGGCCUCUUUCAUGUUUCAAUUUACUAUUAAAUUAUUAUUUAUCAACACCAAGUAUAGUCCUACCUCAGAUGUCAGUGUAAGCAGAUAGGUUUCUUUUGCUAUGGGUGGAGAUGUGGGUUUUAUACUUGGUAUUAUCUAAUUUAGUCUUUGGUUGGUGCUAUUCAUCUCAAUCCAGGUUUUAUAGGGUCAUUUGUCUGCUACAUUAACCUCCCACCAACAUCAUCUCACCCAAUGCCACACAGUUCCUUCCUCCACUGCCAUAUUUUUCCUUCUUUCUAAUAACGUCAAAGCAAUUUACUGCAAGAAAAAUCGAACCACCUGCCCUCAUGUCUCAUCUAGAGCCUGGGGGAGUUAGUGUUGCCAGAAACAGUUUAAAAUGGAUGGCUUCAUGUCUGCGUUAUCCGUAUGUUAAGGAGCCCGUUAGGUGUCCGGUCGCGACAUUAAGGAUCUCCAUACUGACAAGUGAGAUUAUUAGCAGAUAAUUAAGCCAACAUCUGGAGGACCUAGCUGAGCUCCGUGUUGCAGCCAAGGCUGGCGAAAUUGAGCUUUUGUUAUUGAGGAAAUUCUCAGCAAUAAAUGACCCUUGGGUUGUUUUAUGAUAUUCAUUUGCAAUGCCUUUUUUCCUCUUGAUUUUCAUUUUUUCCCGUCCGAGGGUCGAUGUCUAGCACACGGAUUGGUGUUAAGUAUAUUUCUGCGUUGUCAAGUUAUUUCAAGUAGCACAUGUAAUAUUAAUACAUGUUGCUCUAUAAUGUAUACAUACACUGAAGACCAUGGAGAAUUGAUGGUAAAUCAGUAUAAAACCAAUAGUACAAAAGUGCACUCACUAUCACCCCCAGUAUAAUCCUAGACAUGCAUAAAUCAUUGAACAAAAGCUGUGAGCAGAGAGAUGUUUUCCAUGAAAGGAAAUGACAUAACCCCAUUCUCUGUGAAAGGUGCUCAUAGUCGUUACUGAGAGUGGUCAUUUUCUCUGAUAAUGUGUAGUGAAGCACUCAGAGCAUAUGCAUGUCACUGUCAGAAGGGUGACAACCUGCUGCCAUUACCCUCUCCACUGUCGUAUGACUUGGUCAGCUCAGACACAGUAGGAGUAAAGCUAAAAUGAGUUGAGGUUGGAAAGGGCUCUAUUAGACAGAUUAGGUUACAGACAGCUUCAAUAGCUAUGCCAAUUUGGUUGUAUUCCUACUAUUAAACAGGGUAGUGGAGGUUUUCAUGUGUUUAUUAAACUAUAAACACAGAGGGCUUGUUUCCUAGAUAGAUUAAUCCUAGUCCUGGGCUAAAAAGCACUUUAAAUGGAGAAUCACAUUUACAUCAUUGAACAUGCUUUUUAAAUCCAGGACUAGGCUUCUGGGUCCGGGAAACUGGCCCUGACAGUAAAGGUGAGGCCGUUUCGAUUUGUUUAAAACCGGUGGUUCAGCAAUAAGAUAGGAAAAGCAUUGUGACCAUAGGAAUAGGUGCUUGGAUAGAGAGGGGUAUGCUGAAUCUAGGUUGAUGUAGUGGGUAAAUAUCUGGUGAAUGUCCAGGGUUUGGGUAUCUGGCAUCUGGGGACCACAGCCACCCUAAUGAAGAACAAGGUUAGAUUGAAUUUCUGUCAUUUUGAAAAUCAAAGACAUGGUGACUAUCAAAGAAGAUUUUCUUUAUCAACUUGAUGUAGCAUCAAAAACAAAAGACGGCACGAAAUGCUUAUCUUCUUGAUAGAGAAAGCACCAAACUAGUAGUGAAAAUGUAGUCUCUCCCCAAUCGAGGCUAGUGAAUUGUUAGGAGUAGCUCUGCAUUGACAUGAUUGAGUGGCGGUAGGUCCUGUAUAUACACAAACUCACUUCCUUGACAACAGCUAUGCUCUGCGAAGUGCAAGAAGUAUGUAUGCCUUGACUUCUGCAGAGACUAUCACAGUAAUUGACCAUGCAUAGCCUUUUAGAGAGUGUGGGGAAAUGAUCAGUAGGAAAAGCACUAGGAUGUUUGACAUGCUAAGAUGGACAUGUUGUGACUAUUUGCCUUGUGAAAUAAAAAUACUUCCAUAAAGA